AUGCCAUCCUCUAUAAUGACAUCGGAAAGAGAGUACAUUCCUACUACGCAAUCUGAUGAUUUGAAAAAUAACGAAAAAGUCAAUGUUUCACUACAUCAAGUAUCUACCGAACUAUCCAAUUCAGAUUAUGAUAGUUCUACAAACAAUUUAACAUGGUUGCAAAAAAUUGUUCGAUUUCUAGAAGUGAAACAAGAAGAUUCCACAAAUGAAAAAUCAAGGUCAAUUGUGGAAACAUUUUUAUACAAUGAUGACUUAAGACCAGUGGAAAAGGAAAGAAGGACUUGGUCAUGGAAACAGUAUGUUUACUUCUGGGUCGCUGGUGCCUUUAAUGUUAAUACAUGGCAAAUUUCUGCUACGGGGCUACAAUUAGGUUUAAAUUAUUGGCAAACAUGGAUUUGUGUUUGGGUUGGGUACACUUUUGUUUCCGUUUUUUUAGUAUUAGGUUCUCGUGUGGGUAAUAUAUACCAUAUUGCGUUCCCGAUUUCAUCCAGGAUUGCCUUUGGUACAUAUUUUUCCGUUUGGAUUAUUCUUAAUAGAGUGGUUAUGGCAUGUGUUUGGAUGAGUACGUUAUCUUAUCUUGGUGGUGUUUGUGUUCAAUUAAUGUUAAAAUCCAUAUUUGGUAAUAAUUUAAAUACAAGGAUACAUGAUACCAUUUCUGAUAAGAAUUUAACCAAUUUUGAAUUUUUAUCAUUUAUGUUAUUUUGGAUUGUAUUUUUGCCCUUCCUUUGGGUUCCACCUCAUAAAUUACGUUAUGUUUUUGCUGUUAAAUCUGCCAUUACACCCUUUGCAGCCUUUGGGUUUUUAAUUUGGACUUUAUGUAAGGCAAAGGGUCAUUUAGCCUUGGGAUCAUUAAGUGACAGUAAUACAACUACCAUAAGCAAAGCCACUCUAGCAUGGUCUGUCAUUAGAUCAAUUAUGAGUGCUCUUGACAAUUUUUCCACAUUAAUCUUGAAUGCACCGGAUUUUGCACGUUUUGGUAAGAGUUCCAAAUCAUCAGUUUAUUCUCAAUUAAUUGCCAUCCCGAUUCUUUAUGCUGUCAUUUCACUCAUUGGUAUUCUUUCUGCAUCUGCCGCAUACACCAUCUACGGUGUCAAUUAUUGGAGUCCGCUAGAUAUCUUGAGUCGUUAUUUGGAUCAUUACACUUCAGGGAACAGAGCAGGUGUAUUUUUAAUUUCCUUUGCCUUUGCCUUUGAUCAAUUAGGUGCCAACUUAUCAGGUAAUGCCAUCCCCGCGGGGACAGACAUGACAGCCUUAUUACCCAAAUUCAUUAACAUUCGUCGUGGUGCAUACAUUUGUACAUGCAUAUCGUUAGCCAUUUGUCCCUGGGAUUUAAUGUCAUCGUCUUCCACUUUCACCACUGCCUUGAGUGCAUAUGCCGUGUUCCUUUCAGCCAUUGCCGGGGUCAUCUUUGCUGAUUAUUUCAUUGUCAGGAAGGGAUACAUCAACAUUUACCAUUGUUAUAGUAAUAAACCUGGGUCCUACUACAUGUAUAAUAAAUGGGGGACCAAUUGGAGGGCCGUAGUGGCCUAUCUUUUCGGUAUUGCGCCCAAUUUUGCCGGGUUCUUGGGAUCAGUUAAUGUGGUUGUACCCAUGGGUGCGAUGAAAGUUUAUUAUUUGAAUUAUUUCAUUGGGUAUCUGGUGGCUGCUAUCACGUAUGUGGUGCUAGUUUAUUUUUGGCCCAUUGAUGGUGUUCCUGAGGGGAGUAAAUUAUUUGAUUUUACCAAUUGGGUGGGACAUGAAGAAUGGGUGGAAGUGGAAGAAUUUGGAUUACAAAGGGCUGCUUUUGAAAUGUAUGGUGAAGUGGAGUUGAAAGAGAGGCAGUUAGAUUCUUUGGAGGAAGGUGUGAAUUGA